AAUAUCAAAAUCUCCAUGCAAACUUAACACAAGCUAUUUUUUCUUCUUCACUUGCUAAAAUUGUAUAAUAUUUUUUGUAUUUUCAUAUACAUAAAUCUUACUAAAAAAAAAAAAUCGCGAAAAAUGGUCACCGUAGAGGAGGUUCGAAGGGCGCAACGUGCAAAGGGACCAGCUACUAUCAUGGCCAUAGGCACGGCGACUCCUUCGAACUGUGUUGAUCAAAGCACUUAUCCUGAUUAUUAUUUUCGAAUCACUAAUAGUGAACAUAUGACUGAGCUUAAGGAGAAAUUUAAGCGCAUGUGUGAUAAAUCAAUGAUUAAUAAGAGAUAUAUGCAUUUAACCGAAGAAAUUUUAAAAGAAAACCCAAAUAUUUGUGAAUACAUGGCUCCUUCUUUGGAUGCUAGGCAAGAUAUAGUGGUGGUUGAAGUGCCAAAACUUGGCAAAGAAGCAGCCCAAAAGGCCAUUAAAGAAUGGGGUCAGCCCAAGUCCAAGAUCACCCAUGUGGUCUUUUGCACCACUAGUGGGGUGGACAUGCCUGGGGCUGACUACCAACUCACUAAGCUACUUGGACUUCGACCUUCGGUUAAGCGACUCAUGAUGUAUCAACAAGGUUGCUUUGCUGGUGGGACCGUUAUACGAUUGGCAAAGGAUUUAGCUGAAAACAACAAGGGUGCUCGAGUUCUUGUUGUUUGUUCAGAGAUCACUGCAGUUACUUUUCGUGGUCCAAGUGAUACUCACUUGGAUAGUAUGGUUGGACAAGCCCUUUUUGGUGAUGGGGCAGCCGCAAUGAUUAUAGGUUCAGAUCCAUUACCACAAGUUGAAAGGCCUUUAUUUGAGCUCGUCUCUGCAGCCCAAACUCUACUCCCUGAUAGCGAAGGUGCUAUUGAUGGUCACCUUCGCGAAGUUGGGCUAACAUUUCACUUACUCAAGGAUGUUCCUGGAUUGAUCUCGAAAAACAUUGAAAAGAGUUUGAUAGAAGCAUUCCAACCAUUAGGCAUUUCUGAUUGGAAUUCUAUCUUUUGGAUCGCGCACCCUGGUGGGCCGGCGAUUCUAGAUCAAGUUGAACUAAAACUGAGCCUAAAGCCCGAAAAACUUCGGGCUACUAGGCAAGUUUUAAGUGACUAUGGAAAUAUGUCUAGUGCUUGUGUUCUAUUUAUUUUAGAUGAAAUGAGAAAGGCCUCAUCCAAAGAAGGGCUUAGUACCACAGGUGAAGGCCUUGAUUGGGGUGUACUUUUUGGAUUUGGGCCUGGGCUUACAGUUGAGACUGUUGUGCUCCAUAGUGUGUCUACUUAGUAUAUAUAAUAUUAAAGGGGGUUAUUAAUUAAAUUGAUUAUCUAUGUAAUCUUAUAUUAUAUUUCUCAUAUUUGGUGUAUCAUGUAUUUGUUUUGUUUUCAAUUGGACUUUUGUAAUGCAUAAUGUGUGUAAAAAAAGUUCAUGUCCCCUUAA